AUGAGAUCUACAAAGUGAAGGAGGGGUUGUGUCUUCUCGCGGCUCUGCUCUGCGCUUCGCUGGGGGAGGAGUGGAGGGGAUGCUGGAUUGGUAUGGAAACGGGUGAAGCCACAUCGUGAAUGCAACUGGAUGCGAUUUCGCCUGUCCCGGGGGGUAGCACAAGCGAAGCUCCAAGUUGCACCGGCGCUGCCCGGAGCCUCGCACAGUGCAUUGGAGGAGGGGGAGGAGGCGAGAGAGAGAUAGAUAGAGAGUUCAAACUAUGGGGAGCAAGUGUAAGGUGCAGCGGCGGAGAUUGGUAACACGCUGAGCACAUCUGAAGCCACGGACACCAUGCAUUCGCCUUCCAGUCAUGGACACCGGUCACUCUCAAUCGCGAGGGAAGCCGGCUGCGUGAGUCCGUGGGCGUAUGCAGCCCUCUCACUGAGUGUGAUAGAGAGAAGGCGGACAGGUCGCUCGCCCAUCCACGCUCACUGCAAUGCCAGUCAUUAAAGUUGAUGGAAUACAAAAAAAAAGGGAUUUCCAUUUUUUUUGCUGUUAUUUUCUUCUCAGAUGGAGCUCACAUGGUUUAAAAUGCAGAUAGACUCCGGCAUCGUGUGCCCGUCUUCGGUGUAAACCAGCAUCUACAGUUAUUUUCCUGCACUGGUUUUACAAUGAAGCCUGUUUGUGGGGGGGAAAAGUUCUGAAGAAUGACAGGGUUGUCGCCGCCUGUUUGAGAGCCGCCUUGAUUUGGAUUUUGGGAUUUGGACCCUGUGUGUAGCCGGCGGGCUGGAUGUGGGAAAGUGGCGUUGGGUUUUGCUUGGAGGACGUUGCAGUUAUCGGAGUGAGGCCCUGGGGAGACAUGGCCCCAGAGGGUCCCCGAGAAACCAGAGCCACCACCAACCCGCAGAGGGGCAAGGGGAAGGGCAGGCAUCCGAGCGUCAACAAGAUAACUCAGACGUUUGUGAAGAGGGUGAAGAUACACGGGAUUAAGUACAUCUGCUCGCAACACUACUCCCUGCACCGCCGAGCCGUCUGGUUCUUGGCUUUUUGUACCUCGCUGGGGUUCCUCAUCUCCUGGUCGUCCAACCGGUUCCUCUACCUGCUGUCCUUCCCGUCCCACACCCGCUUCCACAUGGACUGGAGCAAGGAGCUCAACUUCCCCGCCCUCACCAUCUGCAACAACAACCCCGUCCGCUUCUACCAGCUGACCAAAAGUGACCUGUACUACGCGGGCCAGUGGUUGGGACUGCUGAACGAGAACCGCACAGCACGGCCCCUGGUUAUUGAACUCCUCAAGGAAGACAGGCAGCAGUGGUUCCACAGACUCUCCGACUUUCGUCUCUUUCUGCCGCCCCGCAGUUUUGAGGGCAUCAGCCUGAAUUUCAUGGACCGCUUGGGCCACCAGUUGGAUGAUAUGCUUCUCUCUUGCAGAUACCGAGGGGACAUAUGUGGGCCACAGAAUUUUACCUCAGUUUUUACCAGAUAUGGAAAGUGCUACAUGUUUAACUCAGGGAGUGAUGACAAGCCUCUGCUGACCACUGUGCAAGGCGGUACCGGCAAUGGACUAGAGAUUAUGUUGGACAUUCAGCAAGAUGACUACCUACCAGUGUGGGGUGAAGCAGAAGACACAACGUUUGAGGCAGGGAUAAGAGUACAGCUGCACACUCAGUCCGAGCCACCAUUUGUACAUGAGCUGGGAUUUGGAGUUGCACCAGGAUUCCAGACAUUUGUUUCCACUCAAGAACAAAGGCUGAUAUACCUGCCGCCGCCCUGGGGAGACUGCCAAUCUGCAGCUGUCAACACAGACUUCUUCUCCAGCUACAGUAUCACGGCCUGCAGGAUCGACUGUGAAACCAGGUACCUGGUGGAGAACUGCAACUGUCGGAUGGUACACAUGCCGGGUGAUGCCCACUAUUGCACCCCAGAGCAAUACAAGGAGUGUGUGGAGCCUACCAUGGCCAUGUUGGCAGAGACCAACAAUAACUGUCUUUGCAAAACGCCGUGUUAUCUAACUCGAUACAACAAGGAGCUGUCCAUGGUGAAGAUUCCCAGUCGAACUUCUGCAAAAUAUCUUGAAAAGAAAUUUAACAAGACAGAAAAAUACAUCUCGGAGAAUAUUUUAGUGUUGGACGUUUUCUUCGAAGCCCUGAACUAUGAAACUAUUGAACAGAAGAAAGCGUAUGAGGUUGCAGGCUUACUCGGUGACAUUGGUGGCCAGAUGGGGUUAUUUAUUGGUGCUAGCAUUUUAACGAUACUAGAGCUCUUUGAUUACUUGUACGAGGUUAUAAAAGACAGAAUAAUGGACAUGAUUAGUUUCAAGAAAGGAGAGGAAGAGGCCAGUCACGAUGACAAUGUGGUGACGCUCUCUGUGAAUCUGGACGAGCCUCUCAAACAGGACACAAGCUCUUCCCAGCUGAACUAAAUGUGCCAUGAGUCUGCCAGACUCUUUCGAAGAAAACUGUGUCGUUAUUACACACAUAACAGAUUCUGUUGAAAGCCUAAUUAAUGCUUUAUUGGCAAGAUGAAGACUUGUAAGAUAUUCCUCGUAAGAUAAGCUGUGAAACUUUCCAGGCAAGAAGAGGCUUCCUUUCAGAUUUGGAAAGCACAUAAAGAAUUCCUUCUUGUCUGGAGGGCAUUGUACCCAGUCGGCAGUCUUGGCAUUUAGUCAUUCAAUGCCUCACGUGCUCCAAAAAUGGCAGUGGUUAAUUAAGAAAACAGUGUGUGUGUUUUUUCAACAACAAAACCAAAACCCCGAGUAGAUGUGCUUAUGAUGGAGGUAAUUGCUGGUAACGUCACUUCUUGGUUUCUUUCCUUCACAUGUGAGCUUGUGUCACUUUGUUUUGCAUUACGUAGCGUGCACCCACAAUAGACAUCCCCUAGGUUAGUCAUGGUGGUAGCCAACAGCAAUGGAAUGUAGGCCAGCUUUGCCCAUGCAGUGUCAAAUCUUGUCCAGCUUCACCAUAUAUGCGCAUCACUUUAUUCUUUACACCGUCACCCUUCAGUUCUGCAGGUAACAUUCACGGGAAAUGGACACUAGAACUGAAAAUUGAUACAAGAAGCUGGAGUAACUCAGCGGGUCGGACAGCAUCUCUGGAGAAAAGGAACAGGUGGUGUUUCGGGUGUAAACCAGCAUCUAUGUCUAUCUUUGAUUUAAACCAGCAUCUGCAGUUCCUUCCUACAUCAGAACUGAAACGCCAGGUUCAAUUUCGAUUUCAAUUCAGAUGUCCCAUUCCUACUGGUUCACUUCCGUGACUGAGAAAUAUCCGUUUUAACAGCAUUUACUAAUACAGAGCAAUUACUCGUUUGUCCUCCCCCCCCCCCCCCCUGCUUGGUGCAAAUCAUGGCACUGCAUUGAAUUUGUGGACUGGUUGAAAGAAUUCUCCAUGAGUAACGUCACAUAGAUUAGAAAUGGAUUGAAACCUAUUAACAAGGGAGUGUUUCGUAGCCAAGCACCGAAUCAUCUUCUUAUCACAGUUCCAGAUGAGGUGCAAAGUGUUUUAUCAAAUCUAAGCAGCAACAAAUGCUGAGAUCCCCACUACAACGGCAAUCACGAGGGCUGGGAAUAAAUAUUCCCAGAGUGACCUUUAAGGAAAUAUCAAUUUACUGAAAUAAUCCAUAUUAUAGCAACGGCGCUAAAAGCUCUUCACUCACAAUGGAGUUAGCGGCAUUGUAAUGGCAGCCAAGUAUGAAGUAUUGAGUGCUCUUGUGUAAAAGAUACAACUAUUAUUGUUAAAUGGUAAGAAAAUGUUCUGUUUCAAGUCAGGUUACAGUGCGACAGUGAGGGAAAGUUUCUUAUUCUAAAUUGUUAAAUCAUUCGUUUAUACAAACCUAUAUCUUUCAGCAGUGAAUUCCUGGAACAACAUUGGCUGGCACUGACGUUUGCUCAUACAAAUUUUAUUUCUUUGUGUACCUAGAAGAAAUGUGGAUGUGUGUCUUGAAUAGAAAGUAUAUAAAAUGGUUACAGCCCAACAAACUUCAGUCCUGCAAGUUGUUCUUUGCAACGCCCAAAUUGCAGAUGUCCUCUGACCUUACAUGCAGAGAUGUUUCUGGUGCUAAAUGCUAGUAAAACAUAGGCUAUAAUUAUUUUUCAGACUCUUUGUGAAUCUAGUGUUCGUGAUAUUAAUGAAAGAGCACAUACUAUUUUACUCAAUUGAUUUGUCCACCAUUUUAGUUCGUCAUUUUAAUUUAAACCUGCAGUAAUUUCUCCUCUUGGCCAAUAUCCAUUGACUAAGCUUGUGCCACUUUAUCAACAUUUUACUUUAAUAUAGAAAUGUUGCAUUACUUUGUGUAUUGGCGAAAGCCAGCAUUGGGUCACGGCAUCAAAGCAUCAAAGUGUGGGGCGCAGCUGAUCAUCCCUGGUCCAUCAUUUUCAUAUGUUCAUUUGUAAAUAUUUGUAAAUGUCAGCCAGAUAAUUAAAGGAUUUAAAUGAA